AGCCCCUUCCUGAAGCUGCAGCUACUCUCACCUUGAAGAAUAAUCGUAGAAAGCUCACAAAAUGUGUGAUGCAUUUGUAGGUACCUGGAAACUGGUCUCCAGUGAAAACUUUGAUGAUUACAUGAAAGAAGUGGGAGUGGGCUUUGCCACUAGGAAAGUGGCUGGCAUGGCCAAACCCAACAUGAUCAUCAGUAUGAACGGGGAUGUGAUCACCAUUAGGUCAGAAAGUACCUUUAAAAAUACUGAGAUUUCCUUCCAACUGGGCCAGGAAUUUGACGAAAUCACUGCAGAUGAUAGGAAAGUCAAGAGCAUCAUAACCUUAGAAGGGGGUGUCCUGGUACACAUGCAGAAGUGGGAUGGAAAAUCAACUACUAUUAGGAGAAAACGAGUGGAUGACAAACUGGUUGUGGAAUGUAUCAUGAAAGGCGUCACUUCCACCAGAGUUUAUGAGAGAGCAUAAGCCAAGGGCCAUAGAUCUGGACUGAAGUUUACAUCGAAUUCUACAGCAUUCUGUUGGAUGUAUUGUUCAAACAGAUAUUGUCAUUUUCAACUAAUGAGCAAGCAACUAAUGUCCCCUCAAACUGAUUUUGUUCAGUAUGGUUGUAUUGGUUAAAUAAACAUUUUUAGAUU